AUGAAUGAAGUAUCGAAGGUCAUCGAGGAAGAACUUUGUUCUUUCAAGGAAAUCUGGGUACUGAUUACGAACACGGAUGUCGGAAAUGACUUGAACGGAUUGAAAGCGAUGAGAAGAAAACAUCAGAGAAUGGUCUCGGGAAUUGAAAGACGCCAACAUAAAAUUGUUGAAAUAAUGGAUAUAGCACAAAAGGUUUUAUCUGUGGAAACAAGAGAAAACCUUGGUAACAAAAUCGAUGAGAUUGAAGACAAGUUGGUUGAACUAGAAACAUUGUGUCAUAAUAUUGGACAACUGGCAGACAUUCGCACAAAAAGAUUUGAGAAAUGGAUGUUGUAUUUUGAGCUUUUGGAAGAGAUUAAAGGACAUGAGCAAGUCUUAGAACAGAUCCAAAAAUCCAGCGAAGUUCUAAAGCAACAACAUGAGCGUUUGUAUCAGUGUGCGAAUGAAUUAAAUGGAAAAUGGGGAGAAGAGGAGAGAAGUGCAAAACUCUCAAAAAUAAAUGAGAAAUUAGGACAUUUGCAAAAUGAACUCCACCAUAUGGCAGAGAAGAUUAAACGCGAUGAAGAGAGAAAAAACAGGGUUCAGAAACUGCAAGAGGAAUAUGUUAAAAGGGCAAGCUCACUGGCUAAUUGGAUCGAACAAGUGGAAGAAGAUGUCUCCGAUAUGGUUCGAUUUGAUAUUAAAGAAAUCACGAAUUCAUAUCUGACUGAAUUGCUGAACAUUAUGGAAAUCAUGGAAAAUGAAAAAUUAGAUGAAUUGCGGGAGCUAGAAUUGAUUGAAAGUGAACUUCAAGAGCUCAAUGAGGAUGUUAACAGCUUUACAUGGCAUUCUUAUUCGUCCAUUUCCAAUCAAUUCGAACGUCUCGCUAAUGUCGUUACCGAACGUCGGAGGAAUGUGGAAAUUGAGCUUGAACGACAUUUCGAAAAUGAAAGAAUUGCAAUGGAUGCCGCGGAACAACUGGAUAAUUGUAAAAACGUUCUGAAAGCAACGAAAAUGGAGCUCGAUAAAUUGACAAAUCUGUCUCUAGAUGAGCAACACGUUAAAAUUGUCGAUUUGAUUCAUCAACUGAAGGAAGCUGAAAUUUUAGAAGACUUAGAAAACUUAAGAAGUUUAAUGGAGUCGAGAUAUAUAUUUGAAAACAAGUUCUCAAAGCAGCCUAUCAACGAUAUAAUCAUCGAAACAGUUGAAUACUUUGAGAAAAUGAAGAAAAUGUUGCGAAGUGUUGAGCAAAUGCUCUAUGAUCGUAGCAAUUCGGGUGUUUCUGAGCGACAAAUCCAAGAAUUCGCAAACUCCUUUGACUACUUUGAUGAAAAGAAUGAAGGAUUCUUGGAUUAUGAACACUUCGAGCUGUGCGUUAAAUCUCAAGGUUACCCAUUAUCAGUUGAUGAAGAAAGAACCGAAGUUUUGGCCAAAUUGGAUCCCAAGAAAAGUGGUAAAAUUUCAAAGUCGAAUUACAUGAGAUGGAUGAUUAAAAAUGAAUCAACUAACGUUUGCGAUGACCGAGAAGCAAUCGAGGAAGCCCUCAAACUGUUGGAUUCAAAAAAAUACCCGACUACGUUUGAUAUUGUGGACGAUCCAGAUUUGGAAGAGCAAGCAAGAGUGCAGAGUUGCACCAAUGUUAAGCAGAUUCCGUGCGAAUUGAUUAGAAAGCAUACUUCUGGAAGUGAAAUACGGCGACUUCCAUUACCGGGACGGAAACAAUCCUAUGAGACCGAAACAUUUUACAACGGAUCCAUUUCAAAAAAUUCUGUUCUUCCCUCGGCACUUCAAGAAAUGCUCGAUAAGCUGAAGAGCAGGGGAUUUAUUCCAACUGAGAAUCAAGUCGAUCCAACUACCUUGUCACAGACUGUGUGCACUACUGUAUCGAAAUGCGAUGAUAUUCUUCAAUUAUUUAUUCUUACCGAUACGAGAGAAGUAGAAAAAGCAAUCCAAGACGCCAAAUUGCCCGAAAUUCUUCAUGAAUACGUUAGAAGUAAUCUUCAAUUUUGGAGGAAUUCGUAUUCAACGAAACCAUGGAUGAAAGAAUUUCUACAAUUGAAGUCUGAUUUGAACGCGACAGAAAAACAUUUGAACGAUAUCGAGAAAAAACAAAAUAUGAUAACUAACAUCAUAGCUACUUGCGAAAAACUUGGAAUUUCUAGCGAUGAAUUGAAAGAUGUUCCUCAAAAUGAGAUAUCAAGCUAUCUUCAAACCCGAAUUAGUGCUCUUAAAACAACAAAGGAGGCUGAAGAGGUACUAAAGGAACUGCCAUCAUCAUCUAAGAGAAGAAAUACCAGAGACUGGUACUUGAAGCAUUAUGCAGAAAGUCCUGAAGCCUUAAAUCUAUCAGAUGACGAAGAUUCUUCAGGAGGGCGAUCAUCAUGUGCAGCGGAAGGAGGAGAAUCGUUAAUCGACGUCUCAUCAACUGAAGAAGAAUCUGAAGAUAUGAAUUCCUUCUUUGGGGCAAUGGGAUUAUAA